CAUCUUUUCUUUUCAUUUUUUGUAUUCUAAAGUUUAAAAGUGAAAUCAACUUCUACCUUUAGCUAGCUAAAAACAGUAGAUCCUUCUCAUUCAUAUUAAUGCAAUAAAUCCAACUUUUAUUUUUACUAGGUAAUGAUGUAUGUUAACUUCUAUAAUUCUUUUUACAUAAUAAUGGUAAACUUAUGAUUCUUAUGCUUUGCAUAAAAUGUCAUUACAAAUGAUUUCUGGAGAUUUUUAAAUGUAGUUAUGAGUUUUGCUGUGACAAGAACAUAUAGUUAGAUAAAAUAGGAAGGUAUGUUAUGACAUUAUUUCCAUUCAAAUAUGUGAUACAUUUCUCGUUUUUCUUUAUAAAGUCUCAUUAAUGUAGAAUUAUUUGUUGUAUCUUAUUUUAAAACAUUCAUGUGUAUAUUUUUAUUAUUUUUUUUCCUUUUCUUUUCCUGUUUCUUCUCUUUCGUCUGCUUCAAGCAGAAUCUGUUAUGUGAUGCAGCUACGCUUUCUCCUCUUGCUACCAGUGUUAAUAAAUACAGGCAUAAUAUUUUUCACAAAAAGAACAAUUUACACAGGAACCAAAAAAAACCCAUAACAGUACUCAGAAUUAAAAAUAGGAAAGGAAUAGAUGUUAGGGACAACUUAUAUCAUCAGGUACCUAGGAAUAUUCUACAGUGUUACAGUAAUGAAGAAAAACACAAAGCAGAAGAUAUUGUAGAUCCUACGGAGUUAACUAAAUCUGAGUCAAGACCAAAUAAUAAAUCAAGUCCAUUUAGGUCAACUAAUGGUACCUUGACGGAUUUUAACUCCAAUUUUGAAAAGGAACCAGAUUGUAAAGUUGAAAAAAUUAAUCAAGACUGUUGUGAAAAUAAUAAACAGGAAUAUAAAAACAAGGAAGAGAAUGAGCUAGGCAAGAAUGAGAAAGAAAAGGGACACAUAGCUGAAGAUGUGAGUCACAACAACCACAUGGAUCCAGAAGAAUCUGCUGGGGAGGACUGUGGUUACGCCACAAGCACUGCUGCAGUGAGGCAGUGUGCUGAGGAGGAUGCACGGGCAAACUCUGAAACUGAUGUGUCAGUCCAGCCAAGAAAUGAAGCGUCCCAGGUUUGAGUACGUGGCAGUCCUUUAUUCCUCUCUUGGCUGAGUUUUCUCAUAGCAAGUGGUGUACAUAUAUGGUGCAAAUGGAAACAAAUUGUGUAGGAUUUGUAAAGAAUAUUAAUUGUUAAUAAACUUCUCCUUAAACCCUAAUAUUUGACUAGUUCCUACAAAAACUUAGUGGUUGUACAUUUCCCGAUUCAUUUUAGUACUCACUGUUUUACCAUUGGUAUUGGUAUUACCAUUAGUACUCACUGUUUUACCAAGUAUUAGAUUAGGUAACAGAAUAACGAAAAUAAGGCACUUUAGAUGAGUUCGUUUUGCCUUAGAAAUUCCUGCUUCAGCAUGCUGUAAAAUCUCACUGCGAGUAAAAUUUCACUGCAAUGAAUAAUAUCAGUAAAAAUCUGUUAUGAUGCUGUGUAACAUUCUAACAUAUAUAGCAAGUUCCUUUAAUGGUCUUUUUGCCUUGUAACAGAUACUUUUUUAUAAUGAGAAAAGGAAGCUUACAUGUAUUGCCUAGGUAUAGUUUUCACAAUACUCUGCAGAGAAUUAUUUCUACUUUAUGUGGGAAGCUUGGAGAAUAAGUAACAUCUCUAGUGAUCAAGAAGAUGCAGAACCAGGAUUUAAAUGGAGGUCUGAUUCUACAGUUUAUGAACUUUCUACAUACACACACUAAGUUUGGUCAAUUUAUUCAACAGAAUAAGAAGUUUGUUCCCAGUUGAAAUCAAAUAGCAUUCAUUCAUUCAUUCAUUCCUUUCCACUUCAGAUAUUCCAGUCACCUAAGUCCUCAUUCUCAUUAAAUCAGACAUUUAAAUUAAGAGAAAAUGGAUGAAAAUGUCUUAAUUCUUAUUUCGUUUCCUUAUCCAGGUACAUAAUGCUUCUUUUUUUCACUUGAUAAUAAGUAAUUGAGAAUUUGAGACUUCCACUGUCUGUUAUCACUAACUCUCAUCCACUAAGAAUUUGACUUUUGGCAGUGUAUACCUUUUAACAGGAUUCUCCUUCUAUAGAGCAAUUUGGAAGUCCCCCCAAAAUUGAUUACACAAGAAUUUUAUUUAUUUUACUUUUAUAGAAGUUUCACUAGAAUUUAUUUUCCAAAAAUUUGGACAAUCUCAACUAAUACUAUUAGUUUUGUUUUCUGAGAAUAGGAGGAAAAAAAUGAUCCACAUUCACUUACACAAAGAAUUGCAUCCAUAUUUUAGUGAGGAGAACUGUUGAAAAAAUUCAGCAGUUCAUGUAAUAUCAUCAGAUAGAAUUAUUCUCUUCUGUGAAUGAAAUUUAGUACAUUUUAUGUCUAUCAGUUAGGGGUACUUAUUAACCCUUAUUAAAUAGCUGUCAUAGACUGAAGAGGUGAAGUAAGGGAGACAGAACAGCUCAGGGAUAGGGAACUAUAGAUUUCCAUGUCCGAAGAGACCUUAAAAAUCAUCCUGUCUAGUGCCUUCAUUUGUAAGAUGCAAAAACAGAGGACCCGGGGGCUUCCCUGGUGGUUGAGAGUCCGCCUGCCGAUGCAGGGGACAUGGGUUCGUGCCCCGGUCCGGGAAGAUCCCACAUGCCGCGGAGCGGCUGGGCCCGUGAGCCAUGGCCGCUGAGCCUGCGCGUCCGGAGCCUGUGCUCCGCAACGGGAAAGGCCACAACAGUGAGAGGCCCACGUACCGCAAAAAAAAAAAACAACAAAAAACAGAGGAUGUUGCAGGUGGCAUGAUUUGCCUAGGGUUAACCUUAAUAGUAGUAGAAUCAGAAUGUAUACUUGGGUUAUCUGACAGAGAAUAAGUAGGAACAUAUUGCUAUAGUUUACUGACACCAUGAAAUAUGUCCUUUUUCUUGCCACUGUAUAUGUUCAUACGCACACACAUUCCCUCAAACAGUUAGAAAUCAGGUAGAUACAUGCAGUGUAUGCCCUCAGGUCAGAAUCAAAGGUCAGCCCAGAAUUUCUUUACAUUUCUGUCUCCUAUUUUCUAAUUUCUUUACUUUUACUGCGUUUUACCUAAGAAAACUUUUUCUUUUUUUUACUUUUUUUUUAACCUAAUGGUGAAAAUGUCAGAAUGUAUUUAACCUACUGCUAAUUAAAAAGAUGUUACAGAGCCAUGUAUAAUAAAUGUAUUUAUAGAAUAUUAUACUUUAAUAAUAAUGUAAUGUGUAAUAUAUAAAUAUAUUAUAUAAUAAUAUGAUAAUCAUCAUAAUGUCUGUGGAGUUAUUGAGUUGAUCGUCAAUCAAGCCAAUAGAGAAUGGAAUGGAGGAGAAAAAAACUAAAGCUGUUCUGAGUGCUUUCACAAAAUUAUCUCAUAUAAUGCUCUUAACAAGUUUAUGAGGGUAAGGGGUAUUCUACCCACUUUAUAGGAAAAAGUAACCAAGCACAGAUUUCUCUUUCAAAUAAUCUAUAGCUUAGAAUGAGAACUGAAAUUGAACAUAAAUAAUAACCCAAGGUGGAUUCAUGCCAAAAGAAAUGCAAAUAAAGUGUUACUGGAUUUCAGAGGAGGGAGUGAUUACUUUAGCUCAAGGAAUGAUGAAUAGCUUUCUAAAGGAGGAGGAAUUGAGGCACUUUUUGUAGGCUUGUAGAUUUGUUUGCUAGGGCCACCAUAACAAAACACCACGGAGUUGAUGGCUUAAACAACAGAAAUGUAUUCUCUCACUUCUGAAAGGCGGAAGUCCAAAAUCAAGGUAUCGGCAGAGUUGAUUGCUUCUUUAGGCCUUGGGGGAAGGAUCUGUUCCAGACCUCUCUCCUUGGCUCAUAGAUGGCUAGCUUCUCCCUGUCUCUACAGUGUCUCCCUUCUAUGUAUGUCUGUAUGUUCACAUUUCCCUUUGGUAUAAGAACAUCAGACCUUGUUGGAUUAAGGCCCACCCUAAUGACCCUGUUUUAACUUAGUUAUCUCUGAAAAGGCCCUAUCCUCAAAUAAGGUCAUUCUGAGGUACUGAGUAUUAGGACUUCACAUAUGAAUUUGGGGCUGGGUAGGGGUUGGGGCAUGAGACAAUCUGUAACAGGUAACAGUACUUUAUUUUUGGAUGGAAGGACCACUACAAAUUCGUUUAGUCAUUAUGAGAGUAUAUAUGGAGGCAUUAUAUGUGUGGACAUUAUUAAAUCACACUGACUUUGCUUUCUGUAUUAAUUACAACAGACUGAUUACCUUUUCUCAUGUGAGUUUGUUUGUUCGUUUAUGGUUGUUUU